UUCUGGACCCUAAAAUCGAGUCCCCAUCAUUCCUGCCCGUAACGCUACGGUACCCCUUCCCACUUGCCCCUCCACAUCCGGACGAAUUGUUCGGGGCUCGUGGACCCUCGUGGCUUCUCUCAAGUCGCUUUCCCGUGCCUUUGCCAACUUCCUGUGUAAUACAUAAGAACAUCGUGUUUCCCUCUCCUUCUCUUUUUUUCCUCUUUCCACAUCUUCCUUUUUCCUCCACAACGUUAUUCAUACAACCUACCUCGGUGUUUCUCGAAUUCAACUCGCAAGAAGCAUUUGACAUAAAUUGAAUCCAUCAAUUCUUUGAUCCUAGUCAACCAAUAUAUCAUUAUCCUACGACUAUUCUUUCUUUCAUCCAUUCCUAUCAUCUCUGCCUAUAACCACUCACAAUGGGUAAGAAGGCAGUUCACUUCGGUUCCGGCAACAUUGGCCGAGGUUUCGUCGCCUGCUUCCUACACGAAUCAGGUUACGAAGUAAUCUUCGCUGAUGUCGUUGACAAGCUCGUCGACUCCCUCAAUGCGACACCUUCAUACAACGUUAUUGAGCGGGGUGUCGAGGGCACAGUUACCAAGAAGAUCACCAACUACCGAGCCAUCAACUCCAAGUACAACGAGGCCGAACUAGUUGAUGAGAUCGCAACUGCUGAUGUCGUCACUUGCUCGGUCGGCCCCAACAUCCUAAAGUUCAUCGCCCCAGUCAUCGCCAAGGGUAUCGACAAGCGCUCGAAUGACGAGAAGCCCCUAGCUGUCAUAGCUUGCGAAAACAUGAUCGGUGCUACGGAUGCGCUUGCCGGUCACAUCAAGGACCCUAAGAACACUGCCGAACAUCGUCUCGACGACCACCACGAAAGAGCCGCAUAUGCCAACUCCGCGAUCGACCGUAUCGUUCCUGCUCAAGAUCCCAAUGCAGGCUUGGAUGUGACCCUAGAGAAGUUCUACGAGUGGGUCGUAGAAGAGACCCCGUUCAAGCCGAGCGAAAACACGGCAAGCAACGUCGAGAGGCCGUCGAUCGAGGGAAUUAAGUGGGUCGACAACCUACUACCCUUCAUCGAGCGCAAGCUCUUCACCGUCAACACCUCUCACGCCACCGCCGCCUACUUCGGAUACAACAGACAAAAACAGACUGUCGACGAUGCCAUGCGGGACAAGGACAUCAAGAACCAGGUCGCCGCUGCUAUCAACGAGACUGCCAAGCUAAUCGUCGACAAGCACGGUAUCGCCCCUGAGGAGCAGGAUGCGUACAAGAAGAAGAUCAUCGACAGAAUCAGCAACCCGCAUCUUGCCGACGCUGUCGAACGUGUCGGCCGUGCUCCUCUGAGGAAGCUUGGUCGCAAGGAGCGCUUCAUCGGCCCCGCCGCCGAACUGGCUGAGCUAGGUCACGAGACACCGGCUCUUCUGGCCGCUGCCGAGAUGGCCUUCCGCUUCCAGAACGUGGACGGCGACGAUGAGAGCAAGGAGCUUGCCAAGAUCAUGGCCGAGAACGGCCCCGAGGACGUAGUAGCCAAGGUGUGCGGCCUGCAGAAGACGGAGAAGCUGUAUCCCAAGGUGGUGGAGAUCGUCCAGAAGGUACAGGCGGACAGCCAAGACUAAGCGCCGUCGGUUGCUUUCUGUCUGCUUGUGCUAUACUUUCGCGUCUGCAUUUGUUACGAGUUUUACGGCAUGGGAGCGAUUGCAAGGUACAGGGAAAUGACUGGGAAUAAAGGCGUUCAUAUAUCACGGGAAUGGAAACCAAAGGAACGCAGGACGCGCGAACGCUUUCUGGUGAUCAACCAAGACAAUGCUACUAGAAGCAUCACAUGCGUUGCGUUCUCGAAUGUAAAAUCAAUCUGAUGAGAUGACGAGAAGAUUGACUUCCAAUAAAUUCAUUACAAAA